AUAUUCACAGUCGGUUGAGUGCAAUGAUCAAGGGGGUGCUCAUUGUCAACAACCACGGGAAGGCGCGCAUCGUCAAGUUCUACGAGCAUGUGCCCGACGCCGAGCAGCAAGCCGUGAUUCGGGACAUUUACACCCAAGUGUCCAAGCGAUCCGACACAUUGUGUAAUUUCUUGGAGGGCAGCGUGCGCUACUGGGGGGACGGGAUCAAGCUAAUUUACAGACACUACGCAACGCUUUACUUUGUGUUUGCCGUCGACAAGCAAGAGAGCGACUUGGGCAUUUUGGAUCUCAUUCAAGUGUUUGUGGAAACCCUGGACAAGUGCUUUGAAAACGUGUGCGAAUUGGACUUGAUCUUCCACAGCGACAAGGUCCAUUACGUGCUGGACGAAAUCGUGAUGGGCGGCAUGGUGCUGGAAACAAACAUCAACGAAAUCCUCACGGCGGUCAACGAAAUGAACAGAUUGGACUCGAACUCCACCAAGCGAUCUCUGCCUGGCACGGGCAAGAAGUAAACUGUUAAUGCAGAAACUUGAAUGCUUUUCAAUUAGCUAAA